AAUAAUCCCGACUGGGAUGGUGCCUGUAGUGAUUGCUUCUCCAACAGCUAGAGCUUCACUCAAGGCAACUCUCUCCCGCCGCCGCGGCGUCAGAAGCCCACGACCUCGCUGUCAAGGCGGCGGCAACCUCAGUUCGUAGGGACUCAUGGCACUUCCAGAAUUUGAUUUCUCUCCCGAGUUUCCCCGCCCCCCACCCCCCGCGCUUCAGUUUCAUCAAACAGAGUGGCUACAUACGCGUCCAACCACCCGAUUCGUACAUUUUUGCCCGUCAAAGAGCACGGUUGGCAGUGACGAGCUUUGGUUCUUGUUGACGCGCGCGUAUCAGUCACCGCUUCCGCCCUCGCAGCAGCAGCAGACGCUUGCAGCACUAGCUGGUGCAUCAAGCCAGGUGAUACAGAGCGGAUUGGCGCCGCAUCAAUUACCUGAAGUCGUAGAGAAUAAUCCGAUGGUUGCCAUUCAGUGCUUGCUUAAGCUCAUGGGAUCACCGAUUCUCCCAGAGUACCUCUCCGCUCUUGUGAAAAUGGACAUGUCACUCCACUCGAUGGAGGUAGUUAAUCGGCUCACGACUGAUGGGGUGGCUGAACUUCCCGCCGAAUUUAUUCGUGUGUAUAUUUCCAACUGCAUUUCCUCGUGUGAGAACAUAGAUGACAAGUACUAUCAGAAUCGCUUAGUGCGGUUAGUCUGUGUUUUUUUACAGUCUCUGAUAAGGAACAAGAUUGUCGACGUCAAUGAUCUUUUCGUUGAAGUGCAGGCUUUCUGCAUUGGGUUUUCUCGCAUUCGAGAAGCGGCCGGCCUCUUCAAAUUACUAAAGACUUUGGAGUAGCAAAAUGCCCUACCGUGUCGGUUCUACAAUCAAGUCGGUGGGAGUCGCCGGUAUUCGGCCGUUCUCGGAUGCGUUCUGGGUGGACUGGCCGGCAGGAAAGAGGUCGUACACCUUGCAAUUCAAUUCAAGAUUUCAAGGGAGUGCCCUGGUCCUGGUAGCUGUCUAGCAGGUACUUGAGUUCUUUGCCAAGAUUGGGCUUUGAUAACUUCUGGUGCCUCUUGAAAGACUAUUCGAUCGGCUAGUUCAUUCUUAUGUGGAGACGAGAUCGAUACGUGAAUGACUCGCUUCCCUUUGCACAUAACUUAUUGUUAGAAUCCG